AUGAGCCUGGAAGCCUGGCUCCCGCAGCCCAGCCUGCUCCUCACGGGCCUCAGCUUGCUCCUCUCGCUGGCGCCCACAGGACUGGGCAUGGAGGUCAUGGCUCCUGCCACCAUCAAUGCCCUGAAUGGCUCCUCUGUGAAGCUCUCCUGCACCUUCAACUCCUGCUACAAGGUGGAAAACAAGCAGUUCUCCCUCAACUGGACGUAUCAGGAGUGCAAGAACUGCUCUGAGGAGCUGUUCUUGCAGUUCCGGAUGAAGAUCGUGGACAAACACCUGGACCGCUUUGGGAACCGGGUGGAGUUCACCGGGAACCCCACCAAGUACGACGUGUCCUUCACCCUCAACAACGUGCAGCUGGAGGACGAGGGCACCUACAACUGCUAUGUCCUGAACCCCCCGGACCGGCAGCGGGGCCAUGCCAGCAUCAGCCUGAAGGUGCUCACCAAAGAGCCCCCCAAGCACGACUCCACAGUGGCUGUCAUCGUGGGCGCCUCUGUUGGUGGCUUCUUGGCCGUGGUGAUCCUGGUGCUGAUGGUGGUGAAAUGUGUGCGCCGGAAAAAGCAGCAGAGGCUGAACACGGACGACCAGAAGACGGAGGAGGAAGGGAAGACAGAUGGUGAAGGCAACCCGGAUGAGGGCACCAAGUAA